AUGGACCCUGAGAGGGUCCGUACCAUCACCGAAUGGCCCGAACCAUCCAGUUAUAAGGAUAUUCAAGUGUUCUUAGGCUUUGCCAACUUUUAUCGGCGAUUUAUAUUCAACUAUUCAGGAAUCGUCCGGCCGCUCAUCGACCAUAUGACGGCCGCCCAGCGCCCGAAGGAGGACCGGGGGGUCCCCGGUCAAGAAGAGGGGGGGGCGAAACCGAAGAAGAGUUGGAAGGGACCAACAAAAUGGUAUAAACUAUGGCACUGGCUAGAGGAAGCUCGCACGGCGUUCCUCACGAUCAGGGAGAAGUUCACAGGGGCCCCAGUGCUUCAGCACUUUGACCCGAACAAGCCUAUCAUUGUCCUUACUGACGCGUCAGAUUUCGCCAUAGCAGCCAUCCUGUUGCAACCCCAAACGUCCGACCUGGCCACAGAGCUUCACUGGAAGCCUGUGGCGUAUUGGAGCCGGAAGUUCACGGGCCUAUCUAUCAGAUGGCACACCCACAAUAAAGAACUGUCUGCGAUUGUCAAAGCCUUUAGGCAAUGGAGACACUAUCUCGAACACGCCCCAGCGACGAUCAGAGUACUCUCAGAUUACAACAACCUGAGGUACUUCAUAACAACGAAGGAGCUCUCUCCUAAACAAGCCCGAUGGGCGGAGGAGCUAGCAAGAUUUGACUUUGAAGUUGAAUACAAGCCGGGACCUAAAAACGCGGCGGACGGCCCAUUGAGGCGUCCAGAUUACGCACAAGGUCUCAAGGUUGGAGAACAGCAGGCCCUGCGGGACGCCAUGCUACCCACCUUACAACAGAAGCUUCGGAUCUAG